AUGUGGGAAAUCAUGCGACAAGAAUUCAUGCAACAGGUCAUUGACAGAUCUGAUUGGCGGGUGGCAGCCUCCCCCAAAAGCAACGAGGAUCGAUUGACGCCCGUCGCUGCGCGGCCUGACCAAGGAUGGGAGGCCCGCCCGAUCGAUGGACCCAAAGGCGAGCUGCGGGAUCUCUCAUCAUCGCGGGUUGGUAAUGUUUCCAACCUCUGGCCUCAGGUCGCCACUGCACUCGCAAGGACCAUCAACACAGCAUCAACAACAACGAACGGGCCACUCCCCUUCUUACUCUUCCAUCAUGAGCCGCCUCCCAGUGUCGAGCCUCAUGUCUCCUCCCGAGCCAAAGUCGUUGGACAGCUUUCACCCCGCGUCCCCCAUGACCAAAGCGGAUCCCGCAUCUAUGGCCUCGAUGGGGAGGUCCUGAAGCUUCCCCCCAUCUCUGCGGAUCGCAAGCGCACUCAGUCCGAGAUGGAUCUGCCCUCGCCCCCUGUGACUCCAUACACGGGUGCCAACAAGAAGCGGCGCUCGCAGACGGCCGAGCAGAUCGAAGCAGAGAUCGAGGCCAACGCAUCGCGCGACCCCGUGCUGUUCCCUCGCCAGGACUCCAUCGCCCCCGAAGAGCCUCCUCUCUUUGGGCCCAUGGCCCCGCCGGCAGCCGAAGCGUUAGUCGAGCAACACAUUGAUUCGCACAUGGCUCGCUUCGAGAACAAGCGCAAUCGCCCCACGCGCGAUGAAUAUCGCCUGGCCUUGUCCUGCGUUCCCAUCGUUUCGUCCCUCUACAACCGGAACCCAGCCGCCUGGGCCCGUGAGGAGCGCGAGACGCUCGAGCGUCAAUUGGCUCUGAUGAACCGCGCCCGUCCCGCUGGAGAGGCCGAGGUCAAGCUGAAGAAGCUCGCCCCGGCCCCCGCGAAGAAGGUCGUCGGAGGAGCUCCUCGGGUGCCUCGCCCUCGUGUCAAGCGUACCCCCAAGUCCACCCCCAAGCAGCAGACAUUGGACAGCUUCGAGAUGCCGUCCCCCCCGUCAGCCAGCAAGCCUCGUGUUAUUGGCACCAAUCGAGACGACACCGACUUCAAUGCCCUGCCGGACUUCUCGCCCCCAGUGGACACCCUGGGUGGCAAUGCUAAGGCCCUCAAGGCCGAUUGGAAAGGUCAGAUGCUGGAUCUGAGCCAGGACCCGGAUCGCCUCCUGCUGGGACCCGCCGAGCUCAAUUUGGCCUCCACCCUCCGCUUGUCCUGUGCCACCUACCUGUGCAGCAAGCGCCGCAUCUUCGAAGCUCGCGUGCGCGCCCUUCGAGUGGGCAAGGAGUUCCGCAAGACCGAUGCGCAGCAGGCCUGUAAGAUUGAUGUCAACAAAGCCAGCAAGCUCUGGACCGCCUACGACCGGGUGGGUUGGUUCAAGCCAGAGUAUUUCCGCCACUUGCCGUAA